AAUUACACUAGAAAAAUUUCAAACGGAAUAAUCCUCUUUCCCCUAAUUUUCCCUCCUAAAAUUUGAGAAUCUCCCUCCAAUACAAAACCCUAGUACAUUUCAGUAUAUCAAACCCCAUAUUUUCUUCUCAAAUCAUACAACGAUCAGACAACGCUUACUCACUGUAUUCAGCUGAAGAAAAAUGGCGAAAUCGAAUCACCAAGACGACCUCGAUCUUCUCCUCUCACUUGAAGAUCGUGUUCUCGAAACCCCGCCUGCUUCUCCUUCAGGAUAUUUAUCUGAUGAUGGGGUGCCGAAGCGAACAAGGCACGUUGACAUGUCCGUUUUUCGCGAUGUAGUAAACGAUUGCCUCGAUUAUGUUCCUGAAAAUGCCAAGAAAUCGAAUCAGGGCAAGAGUUCUAAAGAAAUUGAAGUUGAGAAGUUUUCAGGGCUACGAAUCCAGAAUCCACUGCUUUCACGUGUUGAGUUGAGCAACCAUCUAUCAGAUAUUAGAUUCGUUCAAUUACCCGCAAUAAAGAAUGUGCUAAUGGGAGAUACUCUCUCUGGAUGUUGGGUAACGAUCGGAGUUCUAAUGGAAAAGGGGGUAAUGAGAACUAGUGCUAUUGGACAACCUUUCACAAUUUGGAAAAUGGGAUGCUUAGACGAAAAUACUAUUUCUCUUUUCUUAUUUGCCGAUGCAUUCCAAAGAAACCGUGACGAGGAGAUAGGAGCCGUCUUUGCCCUAUUCAAUUGCAGUGUUCGAAAAGAUAAAUUGGGUAAAGGAUCUACCUUGAGUGUUUUUAAUGCUAAGCACAUUUUAAAACUCGGUACUUCAGCAGAUAUGGGAAUUUGUCAGGGAAAAGGAAACGAUGGAGCUUGCACAACUGUCAUAAACAAGCGUCGUAGGAAAUAUUGCAGCUACCAUAGUAAGAAUUCAUCAAACAAAUAUACCUCUUCAAGGGCGGAGCUCAAAGGAGGGAACCUAAAAACGGGAUUCCGAAAUUAUCUCAAGUCAGAAGGCAUUUACGUGGUUAAACCUACAGAUAACGGAGCACAUUUAACAAAGUCGACUAAGCCCGUAAAACUAAUGUCCGUGGAAGGAUUAAAGAAUGCAUUAAAAAAUGCAGACAAAGUGACAACAAAUACAUAUUCACAAGGAAUAAGGUUUCUGAAUCAUCUUACAGGGCAAAAGGGUCCUGAAGUUGCACAAAAGCAAACAAGUACUGAAGAAAAGAUGAGGUUGCCUAGGUAUAUAUCAAGUAAAGAACCAAUUGCCAAAAAACCAAAAACGGAACCGAAAAAGGCUCCAGGCCAAGAUACCAAGAAUGCUGCUGGUAUAAAGAUGAUUGAGUUAGAUUUUUCUAGUUCAGAUGAUGAAGUUAUUGAGGUCUGAUUUUCUAAUUAUUGACCCCAUUUUUGUAAGCAUUACAUAACAAUUAGUAAAUGUAUGCUAUCUUUUAGCUUGUAUAGUAGUAAUGUUAUUGAAUUUCUCAUGGUUGAAAUUUUUGGAUA